AUGAAAUUUAUCGAUGAGGUUGAUCUUGAGCUUGUUAACCAAGAGCUCAAUUUUAGCUCGCUAGACGACAAUUUGGUGAUCAAAGGGGGUUGUGAUCUAUUCACAACGAAACCAAUUGGUUCUGAUAGAAAAUUAUUCAAGACCAUCGACAAACAUCUCAACCAAAUUCUCAAAGAUAAUGAGCUCUGUAGGUCAAUAGAUCAAGAGAGAAAGCAAUCUUUAGGCUCACUCUUUGGAAGCUCUGCGUCUCCACCAGGAAAUUCAAGUCAGUAUCGAUCAAACAGGGAAUUAUACAGACGGGGAUCGAAUGCAUCCCUGCUCGUGUCAGACGGGAUAGAUGAGUUUUUGGGCUCUCCUGUGUCUCGCAGGGACACCCAUAACUUAUCGUGCAGCCUAGAUGAGGUUCACUUCUCAGAUGACUCUCCUUUUGGUUCGCUCAAGGACGUCUCGACAAGAAAGGUUUUCGCAUACUUGAUCGCCAUUCUCAAUACGACGUAUCCAGAUCAUGACUUCUCAAACUUGCAACCAACUACGGAAAACUUUCACAGGUUGACGUCCAUAGAUGAUUUGAAAAUCCGCUUUAACAACGUGAUGAUGUCACUAGGUAAAAGAGAGGAAACUCUCAGCUGGAUUUGGGACACUGUGAACGUGUACAUGGAUAUACACUUGAGCAGUGGCACCCAUCCAGAAAGUCAUGGCCACUUGCGAGCUAAAAGCUUAGCGCCGAAUAGUUCAUUAUCCACUUUUGAUCAGCAAUCCGAUGUAGAUGCUGGUUGCAAGGUCUAUGAAUUCCAACCAUCUGACCAAUCAAUUUUGGAAGACCUUAAUUACCCCUAUCAAACUAUGUGGUCUAACUAUUGGUUUAUCUACAACAAGAAGAAGAAGAGAGUCUGCUUUAUAUAUUUAACGGCCAUCAACAAACUUCAUUACUCAAAAGUUCAAAGAGCUCAAAGCCCCUUCUUCAAUGACAGCGAUCUGAGGGAGGUGUCAAGCCAAAAACGCUCCGAAGCACCUUACGAGGAUGAGUUUAUUGAAGAUGGUCCAAACGAAUUUGAUGACGAUUUUGAAGAAAUGGACGAUAGUGACGUUAUGGGAGGUAUGGAGAUGUAA